AAGGAAGACCUGCUUAUGUUGGAGAGUUAACUGAAAGAAGAAGCUGGUAAUUGAAUUGAUUCAUGUGUCCACCGCCGGAAGCUCGCAUUUGUUUUGAGUGCUAUUGAAUUUGAAUUCCAGAGUAACAAUUGAGCCGACUACAUCAACAAAGAUGAUGCGAUUCCCAGCUUUGCUGCUGAGCUCGCUCGCGGCCUCCUCGUAUGCUAUCAGUAGUAGAGCGGCUUGCCCCGACUAUAGCUCAUACUCCACCCAGACUCACGAGCCGCUCUCAGAGGGGAAAUACCACUUAUCUUCCAUGCGCCCUGAGCCAGCAUGCAGAAAGUAUACGAUACCGGAGGUCGAGCAUGCUAUUGAUGACAUGAAGGGUCUAGUGAAAGACCCCGACCUCUUCCGCCUGUUCCAAAAUGCGUUCCCAAACACAUUGGAUACAACUAUUUCUUGGAAAGGGUUUGCGAACAGUGACACCGAGGAAGAACUUACAUUUGUGACAACUGGCGACAUUGUUGCCAUGUGGCUCCGCGACUCUGCCAACCAGCUUCGAAGUUAUAAGUCGCUGCUCAAGGCCAAUGCUUCAACCGACUCUCUUGCUUCGUUGUUCCGCGGCGCCAUAAACCUGCAAGCACGAUACAUUAUCCAGAACCCGUACUGCAAUGCUUUCCAGGCACCGCCCGAAUCCGGUCUCCCACCGGAGAAGAACUCGGCGGCCGAGACCGACAAUGUGAAUCCUGGAUACUCUACUGACUUUGUGUUCGAGUGCAAGUAUGAGCUUGACUCCAUCUCUGCAUUCCUACAAUUAUCAUGGGAUUACUAUGACAAGACCAAGGAUGCCGAGUUCUUUGGGAAAUUCAAGUGGAUCGAAGGAGUUAAAACGAUAUUAAAUGUCGCCGAGGGCUUGCUUGUUGGUACCUAUGCGGACGAUGGAUCUGUUAACAAGUCGCCCUACACUUUCCAGCGCACGACUACAGCAGGAACGGAGACAUUGAGCAAUGGUGGCAUUGGUAAUCCGGUCAGGAGCGGCACUGGUCUUGUUCGGAGCGCGUUCCGUCCUUCGGAUGAUGCCACGAUCUAUCAACUCUUCAUUCCGGCAAACAUGCAGUUUUCCAGCUACCUAGGCAAGAGCGCCGAGAUCAUGAAAGCUCACGACGCUGAUCUCGCCGAGAGGAUGAGCAAUCUCGCGAGUUCUGUCCGAGACGGCAUUAAUAAGUAUGGCAAAGUGAACCAUGCCACGUUUGGCGAAAUCUACGCCUUCGAGAUUGAUGGCUUCGGCUCUAGCAACCUAAUGGAUGAUGCGAACGUGCCUAGUCUGCUAAGUGCGCCAAUCCUUGAAUUUCUCAAAACCUCGGACGAGACGUACCAAAACACGCGUAAAUUUGUGCUGUCCACGUGGAACCCCUAUUAUAUGCAUGGCCCGGUCAUCAAUGGCACCGGAGGCCCGCAUGUUGGACCUGGUCGAGCUUGGCCUAUGUCUAUCAUCACAGCAUUGUUAACUUCUGAGGAUGACAACGAGAUUGUUGCAGGGUUGCAGACGCUUGUCUCAUCGACGGCCGGGCUUGGGCUGAUCCACGAAUCUGUCGACACGUUUGACGCUGGGCGAUGGACACGACAAUGGUUUUCGUGGGCCAACGGUUUGUUCGGCGAGAUGUUACUCGGCCUCAAAGACAGGAAACCGGAAUUGCUCGGGACGAGCUUCCAAUAGCGCUCAAGCUGGGCAGUUCUAUCCGGCUCGCUAUCCAGGGCUGUCAUAUAUCUAAUUCCCGGUUAGAAACGGAAUAAAGUUGUAUA